CGUUGAGCAUGAGCAAGAUGGCAGCCUCCGAGACGGUUAGGCUACGGCUUCACUUUGACUACCCGCCGCCGGCCACUCCACACUGCACGGUCUUCUGGCUUCUGAUUGACCUAGACAGAUGCCGAGUUGUCACGGAUCUCAUCAGUCUCAUCCGCCAGCGCUUCGGCUUCAGUUCCGGGGCGCUCCUGGGCCUCUAUUUGGAAGGGGGGCUGUUGCCCCCUACCGAGAGCGCGCGCCUGGUGAGAGACAACGACUGCCUCAGGGUUAAGUUAGAAGACCAAGGACUCCCUGAGAAUUUGAUAGUAAGCAAUGGUGGCGACUCUAAUUUCCCAUGUAGGAAAGCGAAGAAGCGGGCUUUUAAGUUGAUGGAGGAUGAGGAAACGGACCAGGGAUACAAGUGUUUGAAGAAGCACUGGAAGAGGCAGGAGGACAGCAGCCAUAACGAGAAGGCCUCAGACCUGGAAACCAAGGUCUUCCCAGAUGAGAUGGGGCAGACAAAGAAUAAGAGAAAAAGCAAAGUGACAGGCAGCCCAGCCAGCCCAGCCGAGGAGGACGAGGAAGAGACCAAAAAGAAAUCUUCAAAAAGAAAGGAGAAAUGUGAACAGAAGAAGCAGACUAGGGCCUCCAAGUCUCCCAAACAACAGACGCCUAAAGAAGGGGGCUCACAGAACUGCAGCUUCCCCAAGGCCUCCCCCAGAAGCAGCCUUGCUAAAGCCCGGAGGAGAAGCAGCACAGGGCCAAAAGGUAGCUCGAGCUACCUGUCAGAGUCUGAGUCCUGUCCAGAGUCAGUCAGCGAUGGCCACUGCAGUAUCACGAUGCAGGGGAUCAGCUUUUCAGAGGAACUGUCAGCUGAGCUGUUGAAAGAUGGACCUGCUACAAAAACUGCCGCUACCAACAUACAGGCCUCAAAGCCUGGCUUUACCUUCAGCUCUGGCAAGGGCAAGGCCUCCAGAACCUCGUCAUCCAGUUCAGACUCCAGUUCAGAGUCGGAAGACCAGUUCCUGGUGUCCAAGAACAUGCUCGAGGGCUCAUCUGACUUCUUGAAGACAACAGGCCUCUUUGUAGGGCAAGGGUGUUCCAGUCCAGGGCUGUCAUUGGAGACUCCGGGUAUUAUGGGAUGGAAACCUUCUGACUCAAACAGAGGCAGACAAGCUCCUGGUCCUCCCAAUGUGCCUGUCCCCACCAGUUUGGGAAGAGGAUGGGGGCGAGGAGAGGACUUCUUGUUUGGGAAGGGACUGAGGGGCCGGGGUGUUCGGGGCCGAGGGCGAGGACGAGGGCAAGCUGUCUCCUGUAUCUUGAAUAGAAGCUCUGAGAGCCAGAAGCAGAAACAGUUAAAUGAUAUUCUAACAAACUCAUCCAUGGUGAUCCAGAAUCCAGUAGAGACCCCCAAGAAGGACUAUAGUCUGUUACCACUGUUGGCAGCUGCCCCUCAAGUCGGAGAAAAGAUUGCAUUUAAGCUUUUGGAGCUCACAUCCGACUACUCUCCUGACGUCUCUGACUACAAGGAAGGAAAAAUAUUGAGCCACGAUCCAGAGACCCAGCAAGUGGAUAUAGAAGUCCUCUCCUCCUUACCAGCUUUGAAAGAACCUGGGAAGUUUGAUCUGGUCUAUCACAAUGAAAACGGAACGGAGGUGGUGGAGUACGCCGUGACGCAGGAGAAGAGGAUCACUGUCCUCUGGAAAGAGUUGAUCGAUCCAAGACUGAUUAUUGACUCUUCAGGUAGCAUCUCAAGCAAAUAAUGUGUCUGCAUAUAACCUCUGAGCUCGCCGCCUCGCGUUCUACAGUUGCAUUGUGUGUGACCGCGGUUAUAGCCUGAAGUUUUAAAAAUGAAGACUAAAUGUUGUUUAGACUUUCUUUUAUCUUCACUUUACCAUAUUAGGAAAAAAAAAAUCUACCUCAUCAUUUAGAGUAACAAAGUUGUUAGUUUGUAGACCAUCAUUUCCUUCAGGCUAGAUUCAGUAACCCAUUUGAAAAACUGGGUGCCGACCAAUAUGGCAGUGUGCGUGGCUCCUCCCCAUCUGUUUGGCUGCCAGUAGCAACCGUCCAGUAGGAGUUUACAGUGCCACAGCAAGAAUGUGCUGUGCAUCUUGCUUUGUUUCUUUAAGUCACAUUGUAAAAUACUAAGGCAUGCUUCUUGACUUAAUUUUUAACCUGUGAGCUGUUCUGUCAAGCACGGAGCAUCUUGCGCACUCCACCCACUUUAUACCUGCUGUCCUCAAGAGUUAGUGGGGUUGGAUUUGGAUUUGUCAGAGGGGACGAGUUAUAGGGUCCUUUCACAUUUUCCAGCUGUAAAAUACAGGACCCUUAGGACCCUGUGCAGAUGGCAGUGGGGAGACAUCCUUGUUGUAUUGUCUGGACGAGAGCUGGCCUCCCAUUGCCAGAAGGCUGGCCAUGGGCCUCAGAGCAGGCUGGGCCAAGUUACCUUGCCGCACAAUGCCAGGAACUUGGCUUCUCAUACUGAAGUGAGGAUCUUAAACAGGAAUCUUUUCUGUUGUUAUCCAACAUAAAGCUAAAAGGCUGAAUAUAAACUGUGAAAAUUGCUUUCUUUUAACAAAAACUCAGAUCCCUCCUUCAACCUUGCAAAUUUUUAAAUAAAAUCAUAUCAAACUCAAA